AGCGUGAUUGUGCAAGAAUCAUAAUCUUUAUAAAUAUUCGAUAUAUUCGUUAGUUUUUGGGAAGUGUUAAUUUGUUAAAUAUGGUCAGUAAAGUAAUAAAUGUAUUCCAACUUGGAAGACAAUGCGUAAAAUCUUCCAUUUUACCUUGGUGUCAGUUUUCUACAACAGUAAAUUCAAAACAAAUAAAUAAUGUUAAACCAAAAACAGGUAUUUUAAUGUUAAACAUGGGUGGGCCUAGUAAGCUUGAAGAGGUGCAUGAAUAUUUAUUACGUAUAAUGACUGAUCGUGAUAUGAUUCAACUACCAUUUCAAAGUCAAUUAGGUCCUUGGAUAGCAAAGUCUCGUACACCUAAAGUACAAAAAAAAUAUGCAGAAAUCGGUGGGAAAUCUCCUAUUUUAGAUUGGACAAAUAAGCAGGGUAAACUUUUGUGUCAAAAGUUGGAUAGCAUUUCGCCAGAAACAGCACCUCAUAAGCAUUAUGUUGCUUUCCGUUAUGCUAAUCCUCUUACUAACUAUACACUACAAGAGAUAGAAGAAGAUGGUGUUGAACAUACAAUUCUGUUUUCUCAAUAUCCUCAAUAUUGUUGUGCCACAAGUGGAUCAAGCUUUAAUGAGAUAUAUAAAUAUUAUAUUAACAGAAAAUUGCCUUCUAAUAUGAAAUGGAGUGUGAUAGACAGAUGGGCAGCGCAUCCAUUGUUCAUAAAGACAAUUAUAGAUAGAAUUAGAGAAGAAUUAGUUAAAUUCCCUGAGGAUGUGAGGAAAGAUGUUAUAAUUCUAUUUUCAGCGCAUUCGUUGCCAUUGAAGGCUGUAUCUAGAGGGGAUGCUUAUGCGUCCGAGGUAGCAGGCACGGUUGCUCUAGUAAUGGAAAAAUUACAAUAUUGUAAUCCAUACAAAUUGGUAUGGCAGUCAAAGGUUGGGCCUGUGUCUUGGUUGGAGCCUUUUACAGAUAAUGCUAUAAAAGCUUAUGUAAAGCAAGGAAAAAAGCAUUUUAUAUUAGUACCGAUAGCAUUUGUUAAUGAGCAUAUUGAAACUCUGCAUGAAUUGGAUAUUGAGUAUUGCAAAGAAUUAGCAGAAGAACUCGGCAUUGAUAAGAUAAGGAGAACUGCUGCACCUAAUGAUCAUCCUACAUUUAUAGCAGCUUUGGCAGACAUUGUUGUUUCUCACUUGAAAUCAGAUAGACCAAUUAGCCCCCAGUUCUUAAUGCGUUGCCCACAUUGCUUUAAUAGCAAUUGUAGAGAGAGCAAAGAUUGGUAUGCUCAAAUAUGUAAAAAUUAA